GAGGCUCUAACCGCCCCAAGCACGGUAGUACUACUGCGCUUUUCGAACGUAAUUUCUAUUUACUUCUGAUUUCUAAAAUGGACAAGAAGAUAUGUUUUAUUUUCCUCAUGAUUUUUGCAUUCGUUACGGCUAUGGCAUUAGCAAGCCCACAGGAUUCGGGCGCUUCUUGCGGCCCAAAUGCACAGUAUACCACAUGCGGCACUGCUUGUCCGCCCAGAUGCGGUGAUAAUCCUUCGGAGCUAAUUUGCAUAGCAAAAUGCGUCCCCGGCUGCCAGUGCAAUUCAGGAUAUGUGCUGAACAAUGCUGGCCAAUGUGUGACGAGAAGUCAAUGUUAGCCGCAGCGAAACACAGGGCGCUAUUCUUGAAGUUGUGUUUAAAAAUAAGACAUUCAUGUUUUAUAAUAUUUUUGUGGAAACAUACCAUGGUUAUUAUUUCAAAUAAACAAAUGAAAUUGCCAAGCAACAAAUGUUAA